GUUCAAUUGGUUUUCGUCUUAUUUUCUUAAAUAAAAAAAACAAAAAAACACUUCUGUGAUAUACCUUUCUUGUGCGUUCUCUUCAUUGACUUAAUGACUUGAGUAAACAACUAUUAAAAAAAUAUCGAAUUUUUUGUUUGUUGUGUGAAGUUUGAUUAAUUGGCGCCUAAAACUAACUCAAUUGCAUUUAUCACCAGUUUCAGUUCAAGGAUAAUUAUCAAGUAACUUUCUAUCGAUUUACAUUUUGUCAACAACUUUAACUCAACUUUAAUAUUAAAAAAUGUGUGGAAUAUUCGCAUACAUGAACUACAUGACACCAAAAUCUCGUGCUGAGGUUUUGGAAUUACUCGUCAAUGGUUUAAAGCGUUUGGAAUAUCGUGGUUAUGACUCAACUGGUGUUGCUAUUGAUUCUAUGGAUGGCAAAGAUAUUGUUAUGGUAAAGCGUUGUGGCAAAGUUAAAGUACUUGAAGAUGCUAUUGCUGAAAAAUUCAGUGGCCCCAAUUUUGAUGAACCAAUUCAAACUCAUGUUGGUAUAUCGCAUACCCGUUGGGCAACUCAUGGUGUUCCUUCGGAAACAAAUUCUCAUCCACAACGUUCGGACGAAACUAACUCAUUUGUUGUUGUACACAAUGGAAUAAUUACAAAUUACAAAGAUGUGAAAACAUUUUUGGAAAAACGUGGUUAUGUUUUUGAAUCAGAUACUGAUACUGAAGUGAUGGCUAAGCUGAUACAUCAUUUGUGGAAACAACAUCCUGGCUAUUCAUUCAGAGAAUUAGUUGAACAGGUUAUUCAGCAAAUGGAAGGUGCAUUUGCUAUUACAUUCAAAUCAAAGCAUUUCCCUGGUGAAUGCGUUGCAUCGCGUCGUGGUUCACCAUUAUUGGUUGGUAUUAAGACAAAGACUCGUUUAGCUACAGAUCACAUUCCAAUUUUAUACGGAAAAGAUGAUAUUAAACCACAAACUGAAAAAAAAGAAACAGAAGCUGCUAGUACUCAAGAACAUCGUCCACAUGGUACUGCUCGUGAAAUGCCAGUUCUUCCACGUUCCGAAAGCACCUCAGAAUUCAUGCCCCUAGAAGAUAAGGAAGUCGAAUAUUUCUUUGCAUCGGAUGCAUCUGCUGUAAUUGAACACACCAAUCGUGUCAUAUAUUUGGAGGACGAUGAUGUGGCUGCAGUUAAAGAUGGUGCCCUUAGCAUUCAUCGUCUUAAGCGUUGCGUCGAUGAUGCUCAUGCUCGUGAAAUUACCACUCUAAAAAUGGAAAUCCAACAAAUCAUGAAAGGCAACUACGAUUACUUCAUGCAAAAGGAAAUUUUUGAACAACCCGAAUCCGUCAUCAAUACGAUGCGUGGUCGUAUGAAUUUUGUCAAUCAAACUAUUGUCCUUGGUGGUAUUAAAGAGUACAUUCCCGAAAUCAAGCGUUGCCGUCGUCUCAUGUUGAUUGGUUGUGGAACAUCAUAUCACAGUGCUGUUGCCACAAGACAGCUAUUAGAAGAACUAACUGAACUGCCCGUUAUGGUUGAAUUAGCCUCUGAUUUCUUGGAUCGUAAUACCCCAAUUUUCCGAGAUGAUGUUUGUUUCUUCAUCUCACAAUCUGGUGAAACAGCCGACACAUUAAUGGCAUUGCGUUAUUGCAAGCAACGCGGUGCUUUGAUUGUUGGAAUCACCAAUACUGUGGGUAGUUCGAUCUGUCGUGAGUCCCAUUGUGGUGUUCACAUUAAUGCUGGUCCUGAAAUUGGUGUUGCCUCAACUAAAGCUUACACAUCACAAUUCAUUGCAUUGGUUAUGUUUUCACUGGAAAUGAGUGAAGAUCGCAUUUCAUUGCAACAGCGUCGCAAGGAAAUUAUCGACGGAUUGUCAAAUUUGGAUAAACAAAUCCGAAAGGUUCUACAAUUGGAUUCGAAAGUACAAGAAUUGGCUAAGGACUUGUAUCAGCACAAAUCUUUGCUUAUUAUGGGAAGGGGUUAUAACUUUGCAACAUGCUUGGAAGGUGCCUUGAAAGUGAAAGAAUUAACAUACAUGCACAGCGAAGGUAUUAUGGCUGGAGAAUUAAAACAUGGACCCUUGGCACUUGUAGAUGGUUCGAUGCCAGUUCUGAUGAUUGUACUCCGAGAUCCAGUCUACAUCAAAUGUAUGAAUGCCUUGCAACAAGUAACAUCGCGCAAGGGACGCCCAAUUAUCAUCUGCGAAGAAGGUGACGAAGAGACCAAGUCCUAUUCGUCAAGAAGUUUGGAAAUUCCACGAACAGUUGAUUGCCUACAAGGUAUUUUAACAGUCAUUCCCAUGCAAUUGCUCUCCUAUCACAUAGCCGUGAUGCGUGGCUGCGAUGUUGAUUGUCCGAGAAAUUUGGCAAAAUCCGUCACCGUCGAAUAGUUUUUUUGUUUUCUUCCUUAAAUUUUUAAAAUGUUUUUUUUUUGUUUGGUUUUACUUACUUGUUUCUUUUUUAUGUUUUUAAUAUUGAAUCUAUACAAACAUACAUUUUGAAUGUAAAAAACUCUUUUCGUCCACUGCAAGGAUUUUUUUUAUUUUAAUAUUAAUUUUAUUGUUAUAAAACUAUU